AUGACAAGAACACUCCGCAUUGCGAUUCUUGAAUGCGAUACGCCAGUCGCGCCUGUUGUCGAGAAGGUCGGCAACUAUGGAGUCAUCUUUGAAGCGCUGUUGAAGAAGGGUUUAGUGGCGGCCAACUGCGACGUGGAUUUUGAAAUCAGCAAAUGGAAUGUCGUGGAGAAUCCAGUCUAUCCCAAUCCGAACGAUAUUGAUGCUUUUCUGCUCAGUGGAAGCAAACAUGAUGCCCAUUCUGAUGAGACAUGGAUCGUGAGCCUGACUCAAUACGUAUAUGGUAUUGUGCAGAAACAUAAAAAGCCCGUCGUUGGUAUAUGCUUCGGCCAUCAAAUCAUAGCGCGCGCGUUAGGCGCUCGGGUUGGACGGAGUGAUGAUGGUUGGGAAAUCUCUGUGGAAGAGAUCACUCUGACGGAUGCUGGUAAAGAUAUUUUCGGGCAAGAUAAACUGUAUCUGCAACAAAUGCACCGCGAUGUAGUGCAUGAAGUGCCAGAGGGCUGCGUCAAUUUGGGAUACAGUCCUCGCUGCGCGGUUCAGGGUCUUUAUAUGCCCGCACGCAUAUGGAGCAUCCAGGCUCAUCCUGAAUUUACCGAAUUUAUCAUGUCCUCUGUGUUGAAGGUCCGACAUGAGACUGGGGUUUUCAACGAUGAACAGUAUACGGAUGGAAAGUCCAGAGCAGGAAAGAAGACUGAUGGGGAAAAUCUGGGAAGAGAAAUUGUAAAAUUCAUUACGGAGUCCUGCGCAAAGUGA